AAAUGACUGUCAAAGCUGUAAAAAUGCCGUGCACCACUCCAAAUGUUUAUACUAAAGUGCCUGACGGAGGAUGGGGCUGGGCAAUUGCUGUGGCUUUCUUCUUUGUGGAAGCUCUUACAUAUGGCGUUAUAAAAUCAUUCGGAGUCUUCUUCAAUGACCUGAUGGAAAGCUUUGAUGAAACCAACAGCAGGAUAUCGUGGAUAAUAUCCAUCUGUGUGUUUGUGCAGACCUUCACAGCUCCUCUGUCGACGGUGCUCAGCAACCGCUUCGGUCACCGCUUCGUCGUGAUGGCUGGAGGGCUGCUGGUCAGCACCGGCAUGAUCACAGCCUCCUUUGCACACAGUGUCGUUCACAUGUACAUCACCAUCGGCAUCGUUUCUGGCCUUGGGUACUGCCUCUCUUUCCUCCCGACUGUCACCAUUUUAUCACAGUAUUUUGACAAAAGACGUUCGUUGGUCACAGCAGUGGCAUCUACAGGGGAAUGUUUUGCUGUCUUCCUCUUUGCACCAGUAAACACUCACUUGAAGGAGCAGAUCGGCUGGAGAUACAGCCUCCUUUUCGUUGGGGCGCUGCAGCUGGGCAUUGUCGUCUGUGGAUCGCUGCUGCGACCCAUGAUCAUCAAAGAGCAAGAAGAAGAAGAAGUGAAGGCGCAGCCUCCAGAAGAGCCCGCGGAGACAAAGUACAUGCUUGAAAAUGAGCAAACACGCACCUCAAUAGAGUCCAUUGACUCAGGAGUAGAAAUAACUACCUCACCCAAAAAUGUGCCUGGAAACACCAAAGCAGAGCCGAAAAGUGAAGAACCAAAGGACCACGUACAGAUAAUCGUUGAAAAUAACAGCAGCCCUACAGAACCAAAAACCAAACUACUGGACUUCUCUGUGAUGAGAGACUAUAGCUUUAUCUGUUAUGCAUUCUUUGGCCUAUUUGCUACCCUGGGAUUCUUCGCUCCCUCCCUGUAUGUCAUUCCCCUGAGCCGCAGCCUUGGCAUCAGCAAAGACCAUUCUGCAUACAUACUGUCUGCAAUGGCGAUUGCGGAGGUCUUGGGCAGAAUUUCAGCUGGCUGGGUGCUCAACAAAGAGCCUAUCCGCAAGAUCCACAUCGAACUCAUCUGUGUCGUUCUGCUGUCUGUAGCACUGUUUGCCUUCCCUUUUGCCUCUGAAUUCUGGGGGUUGAUGACAUGUAGCAUAUUUUUUGGGUUCAUGCUUGGCACGGUAGCGGGCACGCACAUCCCGCUGCUGGCAGAAGACGACGUGGUUGGCAUUGCAAGAAUGCCUUCUGCAGCUGGAGUCUACGUCUUCAUUCAGAGCUUCUCUGGGUUGGCUGGUCCACCCCUCGCAGGUAACACUUUUGUUGUGGCCGGCGGCCCCGGCGCUGCAGAAACCAGGUCUGAAAUGUUCGGAAAGUGA